CAUCAGAAGAGUUACAGGGAGUGUUAAGUGGUGAUGUCCCAUCAUUUUAGGUUGACGGCAUGAGGUAGGAAUUAAUAUUAGGGUGGUGUUAAUUAUGAAUAAUAUUUUAGAAUUUGUGAGUGUAGUGUCAGAUGGUAGGGUAAAAUACAAUAUAUUUUAUUGUAUUUUUCAAGCAAAAUAUAAGAGAGUUGUACUCCAGUCUAGUAGGUGGCGGUACUGCAACAAAUUGGAUGCCAACCGCCCUUAAACCUCAUCAAAGAAGAAGAACGUUGACCCGACUUCCCUCAGCGAAGAGACGGCGCGCAGGAAAGCAGUGAGAUCUAAACAUCCUGUAAAAUAGGACUAACUUAAACAAAUGCAAUAUACAGCGUUUCAGUAUCGUUUGUAGGUGAAAAUCAACCUAAGAGCACAUAGCUAGCUAUUUUUGCUGAAAUAUUGUGCUUGCUACAGCUAUCUUGCAAACACUUGAGAAUAUUCAAAUUAAGUAGCGCGUCGGCCUGGUCAACUUGGCUAGCCAGCUAGCUAGCAGUUAGCUUACAGAGCUAGGCCUAUCUUGAAGCUAUCCACCGCAGGAAAAGCAACAUAAGAGGAAUGAGUGAUGACCUCUGUUGUUGUGGCAGACGGUGGAGGGAAUAUGGUGGAGUACGUCACUGUCAUGGAAGAGACUGAGCAGAGUGAGGAGAACCCUGAUGAGGAGGGGGAGGUGGUGCAGGAGAUGGUGGAGACUGUAAUAGGGGAGGAUGGGGAGGAGUAUCCUGCUGUGGUGGUGGAAGAGGUGCCCAGUGCCCAGGUGGAGCAGUGCUACGCUGCCCAGGUGCUGGUCUAUGACGACGGGACCUACCUGAUGCAGGACGUGGGAGACGAGCAGGAGGUGGUCACAGAGGUGGUGGAGACAGUAGAGGUGUUGUCACACGGGGGCAUGGUGUGCUUUGAUAAGACCUUCGAGGCGGCUGAGGCCCUUCUUCACAUGGACUCCCCCAGCAGUUUCCAUGGAGACCGCAACACAGUGGAGGACGUGAUGAUGGAGACUGUGGUGGAGGUGUCUACAGAGUGUGAGCCCAUAGAGGAGGACAGCUUCCCUAUACCCCCCGACUACGAGCCUCCCUCUGCCAAGAAGAAGAAAGGGGGACGGAAGCCGAAGACACAACAGCCUCAGCCUGACACCAACGGUAACAUUGACCUGGGGAUCAGGCAGAGACCCAGAGAGGGAAAAGGGAGCACCACCUACCUAUGGGAGUUCCUGUUGGAUCUACUGCAGGACAAGAACACCUGUCCCAGGUACAUCAAGUGGAUGCAGCGGGACAAGGGCAUCUUCAAGCUGGUCGACUCCAAGGCCGUGUCCAAACUGUGGGGAAAACACAAGAACAAACCUGACAUGAACUAUGAAACCAUGGGCAGGGCACUCAGGUAUUACUACCAGAGGGGGAUCCUAGCCAAGGUGGCGGGCCAGAGGCUAGCCUACCAGUUUAAAGAUAUGCCCAAGAACAUCAGGGUGAUCGACGAUGACGGGGAGGAGGAGGGAGAGGAGGGCGAGGGGGAACCCUCUGAGCACCACCAGGUCCAGACCCUGACCCUUGACCCUGCCACCUCCACCCAGACACAGCAGAGCUACGUCACCGUCAUCCCCACCGCAUCCGGCAACAGGACCAUGCGUUUGGCCAUGCCCAUGGUCAUGACGACGACGCUGGGUCAGAUGACCCUCAACUCCUCCACAGUCUUCACCACCCAGGCUCCCAUCACCCUGGGAAACGCCCACGCUGGCGGGCCCAAGCUGGUGAUCCAGACCCUGCCUGCCAUGAUGCCCGCCGGGGCCAAGAGCGGAGAGAAGAUCACCAUCAUCACCAUCCCGGCGGCCCAGCUAGCUCAGCUAACGCAGGGCAACCUCUCAGCCCAGCUCUCAGGCCAGCUAGCUCAGCUCAUGCAGGCUAAACCAGUCACCCAGCUGGUGCAGGCUAAACCAGUCACCCAGCUGGUGCAGGCUAAACCAGUCUCCCAGCUGGUGCAGGCUAAACCAGUCUCCCAGCUGGUGCAGGCUAAACCAGUCUCCCAGCUGGUGCAGGCUAAACCAGUCUCCCAGCUGGUGCAGGCUAAACCAGUCGCCCAGCUGGUGCAGGCUAAACCAGUCGCCCAGCUGGUGCAGGCUAAACCAGUCGCCCAGCUGGUGCAGGCUAAACCAAUCGUCCAGCUGGUGCAGGCUAAACCAGUCGCCCAGCUGGUGCAGGCUAAACCAGUCGCCCAGCUGGUGCAGGCUAAACCAGUCGCCCAGCUGGUGCAGGCUAAACCAGUCGCCCAGCUGGUGCAGGCUAAACCAGUCGCCCAGCUGGUGCAGGCUAAACCUGCCACGCUCCAGAUAGAGCAGAAACCAGCCCCUCCACUCAUACUGGCAAAGCCUGUGACCGUGACCCAGCAGCCACCUGUGGCCUCCCCUGUAGGUAAACCACAGCUUCCUCCCUCCACCACCAUCACAACCCCUGUACCUACCCCCUCUACACCCCCUGAAAAAGAGGAGGCCGUCUCACCCCACAAAGCCCUCCCAGAGUCCACCCCGUCCCCCCCUUCAGUAAGCACAAAGCCCCCCCAGUCUAGCCCGGAAGACCCCUCUACCUCGGAGUCGGCACAGAACCCAGUGGCCCCUAAAUCUUGAGAACUCGAGGCCAAGGGGCCCGACAGCUACUGACUCCAUAUUGACACUGUUUUUUGAAGUGGAGUCUUCCUUUCCCAUCCUCCUUUCACUGGGCAGUGGAGCUGUAGGACCAUACAGAGGAGGAGAGCUCUGAACUGGACCUCAGCUAUGGAGCUCCUAGUUACCAAGGAGCUAGUCUUCAAACUGGAGCUGCAGUGCCCUCCCUCCCUCCACAUCAGAAAACCAGGAAAAGAGACGAGAGAGGAAAAAGGGACUUUGUAUACAAAAUACAUAGCUACACUUGCCUACGUAUUUAUUUGGGCAGUGAAGCUAAAACUUUUAAUUUGGCUCUAUACUCCAGCAUUUUGGAUUUGAUGAAUUAUUUCAUAUGAG